AUGAAUUUGACGUGUGAGUUUUGUCGACGUGAUCGAAAUAAUCAAAAUGGUACAAAUUGGAAAAGGCACAUCGAAUCAUGUAAAAAAAAAAAUAAAAGACAAAAAGUUAAUUUGGAUGGAUUUUUUGAAAAAAUGAAUAAAACCUCUACCUCUGUUCAACAAAGUGAUACGAUGAUGGUUAACGUAGAUGCCUCUUCACCGCCUUCGAGUACAGUUAAAACAUCCAAUGAUAAACUAGAAUUGACGUGCAAAAAUUCAACUACAGCUAUAUCCAGUCCCAGUGAAAAUUUAAGUCAGAUACAAUAUAUUGCUUCAACUGAAUUGAGCACAAAUAAUUUUGAUUCAGAUAAACUAGUAGAAUUGGACAGUUUCGAUAAAAAUAAAAGCAAUGAUGAAAAUAUAUUGAUGAUUGAAAAAAGUGAAGCACCAUCUCCAAUAACUGAUUACGUUAGUCUGGAAAAUAAAAAUAAUGUCAGUACCAACCAGCAUAAUAUGAUGUCACCUACAUCUCCAUCAACAACAAUCAAUAAUUUCUUACCAUCAGAAGUCACUGCAAGUUAUUCAAAUACAAGUAAUCUACAAAACCUAGAGAGUUUGGCUGCUUAUGAAGUUUUUAAAGCCGAUGGUCUUUCAUUGGCAGAAUCACAACAUAUUAAUGAUCCACAUUUGUAUAUAAAUGUUAAAAUCUCAUCAGCUCUUCUACAAAUGCUAACCAAUCUUGGCCCUUUACAACCAGUCAGUAAAGAUUUGCCAGGAGGAGAAUUUCCUAAAUCUUCUUUUAAUGGUACUGAACGGUCAUUUUCAGAAGUUUAUUAUAAAAAAGAAACUAACAAUGAUACCCAUAGUAGACAAUGGCUUGCCUAUUCUUUAAUAGUAGACCGUGUAUAUUGCUGGACUUGUCGCUUAUAUGGUACUCCUAAAGCCCAGAAUAAUAUAUUUUCUAUGACCGGAUGUAAUGAUUGGAAACAUUUAUCUACUCGUUUAAAGGAACACGAAUCUAGUAAAGUCCAUUUAGAGUCAGAAAUUAGUAGAGCAAUGUAUGUCGGUCAAAAUCGAAUAGAUUUAUCACUAAUUAGAUCUGGAAAUUCUCAAGUAUCUAAGAAUCGGGAAAUUGUCAGAGUACUUAUGGAUAUUAUUUUGUAUCUUUCAAAAUAUGAUUCAGCAUUUCGCGGCCACAAUGAAAAAUUGUUAAAAAAUGAUUCUAUCAAUCAAGGAAAGUUUAUAGGCCUCACUAAACUUUUAUCUAACUAUCAUCCAAUAUUAUCAGUUCAUCUAGAAAACAUGAAUAAUACAGAUAAAAAAAAAAGACUCACUUUCAUGUCGAAAGAUUCUCAAAAUGCUAUGUUAGAAGCUUUAGCGGAAACUCUUCGUGACGAAAUCUUACAAAAAGUCAAGAACGCUGGUAUGUUUUCUGUCAUAAUUGAUACUACAACAGAUAAUGCGAAGAUUGAUCAAUUGGCAUUUGUUAUACGAUAUUGUUCUGAUGAUGGUGAAGUUUUUGAGCGUUUAGUUGGUAUUGAUGAAGUAAACGAUUCUUCUGGAAAAGGGAUGUUUGAUGUAUUUUGUGAAUUAUGUGAACGCUAUGGAUUAAACUGGAGAAAACAACUCAUUGGACAGGCAUAUGACGGAGCUUCCAAUAUGCAAAGUGAGUUAAAAGGCCUUAGAGGUUAUAUACAAGCUCAAAAUCCAUGUGCUUUACAUGUUUGGUGUUUUGCACACUGUUUAAAUUUGGCAGUGGUUGAUGCAUGUAAUGCAAAUGAAAAAGUAAUGAAUUUUUUUGGAACUAUACAAACAUUAGUUACCUUUCUAGGUUCUAGAAAAAGAACACAUUUAUACGUACAGUGCCAAAAGGAAUUAUGUCCACCUACUCAGCGAAUAAGGCGUCUUAAACACUUUUCUGAUACCCGUUGGACAUACCAUGACCGGGCGAUUGAAGCAGUUCAAAUAACUUAUGGAGCCAUUUUAAAAACACUUAAGACAUUAAGUAAUCAAAAAUCAAAUGAAACCGAUAUGAAGUCAAAAACAUUGGCAAAAGGUCUACUAAAAUCAUUAAAUUCAUUUGAGUUUAUAGUAAUUAUGUUUAUGAUGAGGAAAAUAUUUAAUUCUACCACACCUUUAUCAAAUUAUUUGCAGUCUUCCAAGUUAGAUUUUGUUGAAGCAAUGAAACUUGUUAAGGCAACUAGAAAUGAAUUAUUCCAUUUAAGAAAUUUAGGAAGAGAACAACUCCUUGAAUGUUUUAUUAAUGAAGCGAAAACUUUCUGUGAGAAAUUUGAAUUAAAUGAAAGAAAUUGGAUAUGGAAACGUAUUAGUUUAAAAAAAAAAAUGGAUGGAGAAUUGUCAAAUGACGAAAGAUCAAAUUCAACCGAAGACAAUUUUGUAAGUGAAGUUUAUAAUAUUACACUUGAUAAAACAAUCAUGAUGAUUGAUAAACGGUAUUCUAACGCUGAUCAUAUUCUAAAAAAUUUGACAUUUUUUACUCCUGACAAAUUUGGUGAAGAAUACCCUAAAGAUAUUUUUAAAAAUAUAGCACAAUGGUUGACCACAGUGAAUGAGGAAAAUUUAAGUGUGGAAUUUGAAAUAUUUAAAAACUAUUUUGAUGAACUAAAUUCAAAAAAUGUUGAUUUAAAUAUAUCCAAAUUGUUUAUAAGUUGCCAAGAUGCAGAAGACACAGAAAAUAGUGAUGAUGAUAUUCAAACGGAAAGUAUCGAAAAAAUCAAAAAGUCAGAUUUUAAAAUGGUCCAAAUCUUAAAACUGUUAUGCAAGUUUAAUUUGGAAUCAGCAUUUCCAAACUUAUAUACAGUCUAUAAAGCAAUAUGUACACUUCCUCCAACUUCAGCGACAGCCGAAAGAACCUUUUCAAAACUCAAAUUAAUAAAAACCAAACAUAGGUCGGCAAUGGGUGAAUCGAGGCUUGACCAUUUAAUGGUAUUAUCAUGUUCACCAGAUAUAGAUAUAAAUAAAGAAAAGGCUAUUGAUAGGUUUGCAAUGAAAUCCAAAUUAUUGCAAACAGAACUGUUGUAUCAGUAG